AUCUGUUGCCUGGCCCUUGUCUUCUGUUGUUACAUUUGGUGUCGCUGCCUACCGACAAAUGAAAAGCCUAUACCCUGCAGUUUUUGAUGGAGACAUAUGGAUCUUCGGGCAGGACUUCAAGGCUUCUGCGCAGUUGAGUGGCGUUCAAGAUCUGUCAGCGAUGGAGCUGCUACUUGAGACGCUGCUGGGAGGUCGGGUGAAAGCAGCAUAUGAAAGUGUGAGCCGAAGUAUGGACGAAUGUUCGACAGGGUCAGGCAAACAGUUUCCAAAGUGGGAAGGACCAUAUAUGGUCACUUCGAGAUGGGGUUACGCAGACACAGUCGCAAUGGCGAACAAUGAGAGGCGCGUGAACGUCAGCGAGCUUCAGAAAUGGAUACAGCGAGACAAGCCAACGAUGACGCCUGCACCAAGUAGAUCAAGCCGACUUCAGUCGCACGUAUUUGACGGGGGGACGAGUGUGGUGAGAGCAGGCUGCUAGCCGAUUGGUUGGCACUAAUCUACGUUAAGGUCUAGGUCACUAAUAUGGGCCGUGAGAAAAUAUGAACAAGCCUGAGUCAACAACCAAUCACAGCAAAGUUAACGUGGCAGAAUAUGAUUCGCAGAGAGAACUCUAUUUGUCAAGGAAUCCCGAAACAACCAAUCAGAAGCCUGCGUUUGUCUACCUAAACAACCAAUCAGAUGACUGCGCUUGUCUAUAAUAAUGUAGUUGAAAGAUGUAUAAAUACGUGUUGAUUUUCAUAAUAAAACGAUCUGUUGCCUGGCCCUUGUCUUCUGUUGUUAC